AAAAUGUAAGCAAACUAAAGAAGCUUGAAUAUUUAAAUUUAGCUUUGAACAACAUUGAAAGAAUUGAAAAUUUGGAAGGAUGUGAAGAACUGCAGAAACUUGACCUGACAGCAAAUUUCAUUGGAGAACUGUCCAGUAUUGAAAUCCUAAAACAUAACAUACAUCUUAAAGAACUCUUUCUGGUGGGGAAUCCAUGCACUGAGUUUGAAGGUUACAGACAGUUUGUGGUGGCAACUCUUCAUCAAUUAAAAUGGUUGGAUAGUAAAGAAAUAGAACGUUCCGAGAGGAUUCAGGCAUUGCAGAACUAUCGACAAGUAGAGAAGCAAAUUAGAGACCAGGAACAGGUUUACCUUCUCCAGAGGGCCAGAGAAAAAGAAGAGGCCCUAAAAAAAAUACAAGAAAAGCAGGAGAAGAAGAAAGAAAAACAAAUAAAACCUAAACCUGGAUUUGACGGACGUUGGUACACAGACAUCAACAACAUCAACUCAGAUCCUCUAGAAGACAAAGAAAACCACCAGCAGAAAGAAACAGAAAAGGAAUUCCAAGAAUGGAAAAUAGAUAAAGAUGAUGAAGAGGACAGAGCUUUUUGGGAGGAGCCCACACCUUAUACUCCAGAGUCUAGAUUAGAAGCUCACAGACAUCUUGAAGAAAAACGGAGAGUUAAAGAGAAUAUAAGAGGGCAAAAAGUGAAAGAGAAGCCACCUAGGACUUUGAUCACUGCAGAAGGAAAAGUUCUGAAUAUGAAUGAGCCAAAACUUCAUUUCGUUUUGAAAGAUGAUGAAGAAAACAACCAGUUCAUCCUGGAUCUUGCUGUUUAUAGACAUCUGGACAGCUCUCUAAUUGAUGUUGAUGUCCAGCCAACUUACCUCCGCGUAAUGGUGAAGGAUAAGCCGUUUCAACUUGUGCUUCCUGCAGAGGUGAAGCCAGAUAGCAGCUCUGCUAAAAGAUCUCAGACAACUGGACAUUUAGUUAUCAGCAUGCCAAAGAUUCAAGAAAUAACUAUGGCUAACCGAAAAACACCCACUUUGGUCAAACCUUCUGACAGCAAUAAACUGCAGACAAGUAUAAAAAGGGAGCGAGUUGAGAAACUAGAAGUGGAUCCUAGCAAAUAUUCAUUCCCUGAUGUGGCAAACAUAAUCCAAGAAAAGGAGCGAAUUGGGCAAGGACCUAUUAAUCUGCAGCAACCAAAGGUUAUAGACACUGAGAAUAGUUAUGUUGACUUUGAAGAUAACCAAGAUGUUCCACCCUUAAUAUGAAAUCUUACUGUAGGACUCCAUUGUUUGUUACCCAUGUGACCCAGAGUUUGUCUGAGCAGUUUUCUUGACUCAAAUUUUGCAGCAGCAUCUUCUGAAGUUACAAAAUAUUAUUUCAGCUCUUACUGUAAACUGACUUUUGUUAUAUUUGUGCUUUAUCUUGCUGCUGCCUUUUGUGAUAUCAGGAACAAUAUACCUUUAAUAAACUGUUUUCCAAUUAUUUAUUUAUAUAGUG